ACUAUAAUUUCUGUUUAUUUUUGGCUUUCAUUGAUUGUAAAAGGCCGAAGUUUAAAUGUUGAUACAAAUUUGCGUGACGCAGUAGUCUAUGCCGAUGGUAUGGACAUUUGGGCCAUGUCGGAGGCAUAACAGUAACCAUAUAAUUGUUAGCCGUUGUGCCACAUUUUGCACCAUGUCGCUAAUGAGCGCACUCAACAACAGUUGAGCUAAUAGGCCACUAAAGAGGUAAACACAGGGCCAGCUAAGUGCGGAUCAGUUUUGCUCUCAAUGGCACAUGCUUCUCUGCCGGAGUUGGGGCAUGGGACUGGGGCAGAUGCCAAUGACACAAGAGCGGUGCCCAAGCUACUUAGUCGUCAAAAGCGUUAUUUGGCAUUUCCGGAGGGAUCGUCGGUUUCGGCGGCGAUUUGCAUGACCAUCGGUAUGAUUGGUAAUCCCGAUGUGGAUUAUCUUAGCUGGGCCGUCAACUGGGGUGUGGCAUAUAAUCUACCCAAUCGUAAUUGGGUUAUACAGCAUGCACAUGGCUUUGCCAAUCUCACCAAGCCAAUGGUGCAGCGCCGGUCGCGACGCAGCUUCUACGAUGAGAUGCAAUCCGCCUUUGAUCACAUGGGCUUCAAUGGACGUGCUUGCCUGGCUCGUGCGCUCUGCGAGAGUGGCAAGUAUAUGCAUGCUCCCGGCCAGCGUGGCAACAUGUUGGAGGAGUUGGUGCGCACCGUGCUUAGCAUGCCUUCAUCGCCAGUGGCAGAACAUGAGCCGCAGGCUCAUCACCACUAUGACCGCAUCUAUCGACGCUCCAAGCGGAAGUCGCGCGACUGCCACGAGCUUUAUCCGGGCUGUCAGUUUUCUCUGUUGGCGCUGGCUCUGGGCAAAUAUGUGGCAGCCCCUGCGCAGUUUACCAAAUAUAAUUUUAUGUGAAUAAAACUAAAAUAAUAAAAU